AUGAUAUUCUGGGCCUUCUACUUGGUGUCGUCACUAAGUUUUUUUGUUGGUUUGUCGAAUGCCUCGCAGAUCUCCUCCAUCAGUUACAGCGACCUUUCAAUCGAAGCCCUCAGCACUCAAAGACUUCCUCACAAGAUCUGGAAGCUAUCCUUUAAUUUUGAAAUAAAGAAUGCCAACGAAGUGUCUGUGAAUGACUAUUUCCUGCUUGACCUUCCUCACGUCUACCGCAUCAAGUUUGCCGACGACGCCGAUUAUCAAUUCAUCACGACUGCUGACGGUUUACAAGCAUUCAAGUGUUCCGCAUCCCAGCAGGCCGCUUACAAGUUUGAAAGCUCGAUUCUUAGAUGCGAUGCUGUCGAAGGCUUCUCUUCCUUCUCUUCUCUUAGCGGGAAUCUCGCAAUUGGUGUCGUAUUCAGCAGUGGUGGUGCUUCUUACCAAUACGAGCUGAGCAACGCCAAGUACUUCGUGGCCGGUCAACAGACGAUUGACUUCGGCAACAGUUUUAGUGCGUCAGCGAACUUCGACCAUGCUUCAGAAGAUUUUGGCAAUUUCUAUUAUGAAGGCCACACAACAACGUAUGGAACCAUGGAAUCAUAUUACCUCGGUUUCACCUGCAAUGACGGGUAUAUUCUUGGAGGCACCCAAGUUAUUGAUUAUAGCCCCGAUGGUCAGGUUGACGGUUACGAUUGUGCGGACGCACAGGUUCAAAUAUCUAAAGAUUUUAAUGACUGGUUCUUCCCAACCGACUAUGAAAGUUACGAUGGGGACUACUCCUGCAAUGGCGCCACCCUGUCUCUUUCCUUCAACAGUUUAAAGCCGAACUAUCAAAUAUGGAUCAACAAUCUACAAUCUUUGGACAAAUCGGCUACCAGGGUCGUCCAUAGCGUUUCGUUCGACUACACAUGUACAGAUACGAAAGCUGGCACAACCUACACCACUACUGCCCAACAGUCGCCUGUUUUUAUCAUAAAGGAUGGAACAUUCACCGGCAGCGCACUUGUGAGUGGGCAAAGCAAUUCACGAAGCACCACUACAACCACCACCACAACAACCUGGACGAAUAGCUACGCGACUACAACCACUGAUUCUAUAUCGUCGGGAGUCACUGUGGUCACGGUCCAUGUAGAUAUUCCACCCACAAGCUCGAUCGGCCCUUCCUCGCUUUCGAGCUCUCCUACCUUAUCCACUGCAACGUCAACCGUUGAAUCUUGCCCCAAUCGGGCCUGUUCAUCCAGCAUAGUUUCGUCAACAUCUAACGAGGUGUCGAGUGCUCAUACGAUACCUAAAAGCUCGAGUGCUGUGUCUUCAAGAUCAGCUACAACUUCGUCUUCCAGCCCAUCAACAGUCAGUUCUGAUUCUUCAUCUAGGACAUCGGUGUCAUCAGGUUCAAAGUUCUCUUCUAGCACGGUGCAGUCAUCUGUCUCGACAUCUUCUUCUCGUGAAGCGUCCUCCAGCCAGGUAUCCUCCUCCAGCUUACCGGUGACCUCUACCACAACAUCACUUUCCAGCUCGCCCUCUUCCGAUUCCGCAAUUAGCAGCAGAACUUUGACUUCAUCGAGUACAAUAGUAAGCAGCACCAGCUCAACUCCCUCUAGCUCAGAAAUAAGCAGCACCAGCUCAACUCCUUCUAGCCCAGCAAACAGCAGCACUAGCUCGGUCUUUUCUAGUACAGCCGUAAGCAGCACCAGCUCGACUCCUUCUAGCUCAGCAAAGAGCAGCACCAGCUCGGUCCCUUCUAGUACAAUAAAGAGCAGCAUUAGCUCGGUCCCUUCUAGUACAGCAAAGAGCAGUACUAGCUCGGUCUCUUCUAGCUCAGCAAAGAGCAGUACUAGCUCGGUCUCUUCUAGCUCAGCAAAGAGCAGCACUAGCUCGGUCUCUUCUAGUACAGCAAUCAACAGCACCAGCUCAACUCCUUCUAGCUCAGCAAAGAGCAGCAGUACCUCAGCUUCUUCGAGCUCACAACUUACACCUAAGAGCACGCCGAAGUCUUCAAGCACCGCAGUUUCUAGCACGAUGUCGUCGGCUACAACCCUCUGCACCACUUCCUGCUCCAGCACCACAAACUCUGAUUUUGAUUCCUCAAGCACUAGAACGCUGUCCAGUACUGAUUCUUUCUCAAGUUCUAGACCCAUUUCAAGCUUGCCUUCCAGUGCCCUCUCUAAAUCUUCCUCUGGGGGGUUCACAUCGUCUAGUGCAGUAUCAUCUACACGUACGAUGUCAUCCUCAAGCAUGACAUCUUUCACCACAACCUCCCCAGGAACGCUUUCUGUCCCCAGUUCUGUCUCAUCUGCAAGUGUGACGACGACAUCGACCAGCAGGAUAGAGUCAUCUUCAGUUUUGUCUCUGCAGUCCAGUACGGAUAUUGUCAGCACUACAUCCGGGACGGAUCACACGACUUGCAAUGGAAGUGCGUGCAACUCCUCUCAAACUACCCUCGUACACUCUACUAGCGUCCCAAGUGGCGUUUCUUCUUCUCAAACCUCCUCAACUACGGGGUCGUCAGCGCCCUCAUCAGCGCCCUCUUUUUCGAGCACUCAGCCGGAUUCGUCAAUCGCGUCCUCGGGUUCAUCAACGGCUCCAUCGCUCACCCAAGAUGUGAGUUCAAGCACUUCUGAAAUUUCGCUUUCGAUUUCCAGCUCGGAUGUUACAGACACCAGAGCUACGACUAUCAUUGAGAGCACGUCAGCUACAAAAUUUGACAGCUCAUCAUCGACAUCGAAAUCGCCGGUCACAUUGUCCCCACCAGCGUCCAGUUCUUCGAGCACAGAACAGUCAAGCUUUCUGACAAACACAGUAUUAUCUUCCGGCAUCUCAACAGCACAGUUGUCAUCCCAGACUUCAAUCGCCAGCACACCAACGUCAGAUGCACAACGUAGUACCGAAAACACUCUCAUUUCCACUGUCGCUAGUACCGAUACAUUAUUGAUUUCCAACAGCGCCAGCUUUUCUAGUGAUGCACCAAACUCAAAAUACCCAGGCACAGUGGCUGCCUCGCAGUUCAACUCAGUGAGCUCUACGGCAACAUCUGAAAGCUUCACUAGCUCCUCAGUCUUCACGGUUUCGUCGUCAACUUCUACAAAUUCUGAUUCAACGGCAGAACUUUCAGUAUACUCUGGAGUGGGGAGUUCAAUGGGCCCAUCAGGAUCUAUUUUAGCGAUGAUUACCGUGGUAUUCUACGCAUUACUAUAA